UAGAGCUAAAACUUACUCCCUGAAAAUCCUCAGAUUACUUGAAAAUGAAUCUUCACUUGUCCCUUGAUUUGCUAGAGCUAUUGAAAUUGAGCUAAUGGAGCCAAAAUUUUUCUUAGCGGUGUUUCUGUUGAUUUCUUCAACUGUCUCGGCUGAGUACAUCAGACCUCCACCUCGCAAAACCUUGUAUUUCCCAUGGCGUUCGACGCCUUCUUCUCAUCCCCAGCAGGUGCACAUCUCUUUGGCUGGAGACAAGCACAUUCGAGUGUCAUGGGUCACUGAUGAUAAAUCUUGUCUGUCAACUGUUGAAUAUGGAACUUCACCUGGAAGAUACAGUGCUGUGUCUCAUGGGGAGAGCACAUCUUAUAGUUAUCUAUUUUAUAGUUCUGGAAAGAUACACCACACUGUCAUUGGGCCAUUGGAACCCAAUACAGUUUACUUCUACCGAUGUGGAGGACAAGGUCCUGAAUUCCAACUGAAGACUCCUCCAGCUCAGUUGCCAAUUACUUUUGCUGUGGCUGGAGAUUUAGGCCAAACUGGAUGGACUAAAUCAACCCUAGACCACAUUGAUCAAUGUCAAUAUGAUGUGCAUCUGCUCCCUGGAGACCUUUCAUAUGCAGAUUACAUGCAGCACCGCUGGGACACAUUUGGAGAAUUGGUCCAGCCACUUGCUAGUUCAAGGCCAUGGAUGGUGACAGAAGGGAACCAUGAAGAAGAAAGUAUACCAAUAAUUAAGGAUGGAUUUCAAUCCUAUAAUUCUAGAUGGAAGAUGCCCUUUGAGGAGAGUGGUUCAAGUUCAAAUCUUUAUUAUUCUUUUGAAGUUGCAGGGGCCCAUGUUAUUAUGCUUGGUUCCUUUACGGAUUAUGAUGAGUAUUCAGAACAAUAUAACUGGCUCAAGGCUGAUCUAACUAAGUUGGACCGGAAUAAGACACCUUGGUUACUUGUGCUAGUCCAUGUUCCAUGGUAUAAUAGCAACCAUGCUCAUCAAGGUGAAGGGGAUGAGAUGAUGGCAGUUAUAGAGCCAUUACUUUAUGCUGCUGGUGUGGAUAUAGUGCUAGCUGGGCAUGUGCAUGCUUAUGAACGCACGAAACGUGUAAAUAAUGGAAACUUGGAUCCAUGUGGUGCUGUUCAUCUAACCAUUGGAGAUGGAGGAAACAGAGAAGGUUUAGCCCGCAAAUACAUAAACCCUCAACCAGAGUGGUCAGUCUUCCGCGAGGCAAGUUUUGGUCAUGGAGAGCUCAAAUUAGUGAAUUCAACUCAUGCGUACUGGACCUGGCACAGGAAUGAUGAUGACGAGCCUGUUAGGUCUGAUCAAGUUUGGAUAACCUCUUUGGUUAGUUCAGGAUGCUUAGAUGAAAAGAGACAACUAAGGAAGAUUCUAAUGGGACCUUAGAAUGGUUGCAUUUCCACUUCUCACGUUGCUAGAUUUCAAUGAGUGUUGAUGCUAUGGAGGUCAAUGUAAAUAUUUUACAUGGUUAUGUCAAUCAAAUAGUUGAUGCUAGAAUUGAUAGACUGCAUGUGUAAUAUCAAUCAAAUUCUGGUCUCAGACCCAAUGGGUAAUCAAUCUCUUAACUCUAGUCUGUGCAUGCCUGUUAUCCUGUCUCCGGUGUACGACUGACUGGAAAUAGUCUUAAGUUCAACCAUAGCAGCUGUUGUUGUAUUGUACAAGCAACUUAUGUUUUUUAUUGAAUGACUGCAACUUAUAACUUGUAUUAUAUGAAAAACAUUUUGGUCCGUUACGAAA